CGAAGGCGAAUGGCUGUGUCCUGAUGCUGAAGCCAGGAUCGGACUUGGACUUGGCAAAGCCGAAUCAUGGAAUGUUUUACUAAUAGACAGAUACGAUGCGUUCCUUUUUCACCUAAAAUGGAUCGUGACCUCUCGAAAUGGACCUACUACUAUCGUCAAUUCGUCAUCUCGUCUCAUCGCUCGAUCGACUUUACAAAAACCUGACCAUCACCUUCUAGCUGCCAGUAAUGUUGCAUCCAUUCAUCAAGGCAGAGCACCUAUGGCUCCCUCCCUCGCUGCCGCCGUCCUCCUCUUCCUCCUCGCUCCGAUGUCGUCGCCGGCGGCCGUCCUGGCGGCUGACGGCGGCACCACCACGCACCUGCACUUGUUCAUGCACGACAUCCUGACGGGAAGCAACCCGACGGCGGUGCAGGUGAUCAAGGGCCCCUCCGCCGUCCCGGGCCUGGCGUUCGGGGACACGACCGUCAUCGACGAUGCCCUCACCGAGGAUCCCUCGUCCUCCUCCGCCGCCGUCGGCCGCGUGCAGGGCUUCUACAUGAUGACGUCGCAGUCGGGGGGCGCCGUGCUGACGGUGUGCGCCAACCUGCUGCUGACGGCGGGGGGCUACAACGGCAGCACCGUCGCGGUGAUGGGCCGCGACGACAUCGCGGCGGACGUGAGGGAGCUCGCCGUCGUCGGCGGCACGGGGAGGUUCAGGAUGGCCACGGGGUACGUGCUGUGGAAGACCAACAGCAUGAACGGGCCCGACGCCACCGUCGAGCUCGACGUGUACGUCACCACGGGCGGCGGCGCCACCAUCGACUCCUCGACGCCCGUCGGCGGCUCGUCGUCGGCCGCCGCCGUGCGGGUUGGAGGGUGGGUCAGUGCGGUGUUUGUCGCCGUUGUUGUUGCGGUGGUUGGAUCCUACGUUUAGUUUGGUGGUGCGGUAUGUCAGAGCUUGGUAGCAUGUCGAUGUGUACAGUUUGUUGUCCGUUGGUUGGGAUGUGAUGCUCAUAUGCUUAUUCUUCUGACGCCUGGGCAUGGGCUUGCUCGCUUUCGUUCAACCUGUCAAAACAUCUGUCAAAAGCAUGGUGAUGUCUCAGUUGACAAUUAUGUAACGUACUAACUCAGCCAAUGGUGGUGAUGUAGUGGACCUCUGAAAAAAAGGAAAUAAAUCCAAAGAAAAUGUGUUCUUGGAAAAGCAA